AUGUCCUUCCCAUCGCUCCCCAAUCCCUUCAGCUCCUCGUCAUCCUCCUCCUCCUCCACCCAAUCCAACACCACCUCACCCUCCUCGGCUGAGUCCACCGCUCUCAAAAACCAAAUAAUGCAGACCCUCCAAACCGAAGGCAACGUCCAAAAUGCCAAAUACCUGAUCCAAAAAGUCAACGAGAACUGCUUCAACCACUGCAUCCCCGCUGACGCAUCAACAUCCCUCACCCGCUCCGAAUCGACUUGUCUGUCUGCCUGCAUGGAGAAGUAUAUCGAGGCGUGGAAUACGACGAGCAGGACAUAUAUUGCAAGGAUAUCAAGGGAGGCGCCGGGGGUGACGGCGGCUGUUGGUGGUGCUGGUGGUGCUGGGUUGGGGGGGCUUGGAGGGAUGCAGGGACCGGAUGUGGGGAAGGAGAUGUUUUGA